AUGUCCAGCGCUUCAGGGCAUAACCGUUUUGACAAAAGGGAUGAAAGGCUUGAAUGGAAGGAUGAGGAACUAGAGCACUUACGAAGGUUGGUCAGGGAUUCAGAGUUGCAAGCGAGAGCACCGGGGGGAAGUCGCAAGGGCGAGCAACCCUCCAAGAAGAAGUUGAAGUAUACUCGAGAGCCCAUUGCUUUUAACAACGAUGAUCUAGAAGGCACAAUUCAACCACACGAUGAUGUUUUGGUAGUUACAACCCGGAUAAAUGGCUUUAUAGUAAAGAGGGUAUUGAUAGAUCAGGGGAGUGGUGCCGAGGUGAUGUAUCUUGACCUAUAUAGGGGACUUGGUUUGAAGAAGGAGGACUUAUCUAAGUAUGAUACGCCCUUAAUGGGGUUUGAUGGCCGAAUGGCGAUCCCAGAAAGGCAGAUUACGCUUCCUGUGAACAUGGAGGGUAAGGAGAUGAUGGUAACAUUCAUAGUGGUUGCCUCGUUUUAUCCGUACAAGGCAAUUCUUGGAAGGCUGUGA